GCUGUUUCUUACACUUGAACAACCAAGUAGUUUCUAAGCGCAUUCCCCGUUAGCUAAUGUGGAGGGAAAGCGGGUUCUUUUUUUUUUACCUACCCGAAAAUAUAGAUUUGGCACCGGAUAUCACUUGACAGUUAAUAUAAGAACAUACGAAGGUCGGUUAUUAAAGGUAAACUUCCUCGAAGUAAAUAUAGUUUUGAUCGAAACUCUUGACUGAACGAGUGUCCUGUGAAGAAAGCAAUAGCUGUGGUUCGAUUUCCAUGCUUAUAAUAAGACUCAUCUUUUGCCUGUCGAAUUGAAACUCACAUAUGAUAUUAGGAAGUGAAAUGGGACGUCAUCCUUGAAUUUAAAUUGGUUCGUGCCCAGUUUGUUUGCCUGUGAGCGUCUCGGGAAGAAUAUCGAAGUUGCAUUCUUCAGCACCCAUACGGAGGGAGAGUGGGUUGCAACUAGCCCACUGGGUAGAGUGAAGAAGACACUUCUGGGAAGUUGCUUUAUCCGGCUAUUGACGCCGAAAUUAAAACAGUUGCAUUUGGUGGAUUAUAUUGGGGAGUUCAUCAUCAUGGAAAAGUUGGAGAUUAUUCAGUAUAUCAAAAUGGAGAUGUGAAAACGUUGCACUUUGUUUUCACACUGUCAGUUUUGGGUUUAUUCUAGUGCGUAAACCUUUGCAGAUAGUCGAUUUAUUUCGGUUUGUUGGAGCGAUCGUGCAUUCUUGUCAACUUUAUCAGGGAGAAACUUUUUCAUCAGCAAAAUGCCACAACUUAACGGAGGUGGUGGUGAUGAUUUGGGGGCGAAUGAUGAAAUGAUAUCAUUCAAAGAUGAAGGCGAGCAAGAGGAAAAAAUAUCCGAAAAUGUAUCAGCGGAGAGGGAUUUGGAUGAUCUGAAGUCUUCGUUAGUGAACGAAUCGGAAAACAACAGUAGCUCGUCAGACUCCGAGCAAGCAGAGCGGCGCCCUCAACCAAGACCGGACUUGGACAGUUACGAGAAAACCAGGGAUUACUUUAGUGAAGCCCUCAGAAGACAGCAAGAUGGUGGCUUUUUCAAGAGUCCCCAUUAUCCUGGGUACCCGUUUCUUAUGAUCCCAGAUCUUACCAACCCCUACCUAUCCAAUGGGGCCCUCUCCCCUAGCGCAAGAACGUACCUGCAGAUGAAAUGGCCUCUACUGGAUGUCCCUGGAGCUGCCGGACUCAAAGACCCCCGCUCCCCCACCCCAGGACACCUAUCCAACAAGGUCCCAGUGGUGCAGCAUGCUCACCACGUCCACCCGCUGACCCCCCUCAUCACCUACAGCAACGAACACUUCUCCCCCGGAACCCCUCCCUCACACCUCUCCCCGGAGAUCCUUGACCCAAAGACAGGCAUUCCUCGGACUCCCCACCCAUCAGAGCUCUCUCCAUACUACCCCCUGUCUCCAGGUGCAGUGGGACAGAUCCCUCAUCCUCUGGGCUGGCUGGUGCCACAGCAGGGCCAGCACAUGUACUCUAUCCCCCCAGGGGGGUUCCGUCACCCCUAUCCCGCCCUCGCAAUGAAUGCAUCCAUGUCCAGCUUGGUGUCUAGCCGUUUCUCCCCCCACAUGAUGCCCCACCACCCUCACGGCAUGCACCAGACUGGCAUCCCUCAUCCUGCUAUCGUAUCACCAGCCAUCAAGCAGGAGCCCAACAGUCAUGACCACAUGAGCCCCUCUAUGCAUUCCAGGAAGUCUCCUGGCCCAGCGAAGAAGGAGGAGGACAAGAAGCCCCACAUCAAGAAGCCUCUGAAUGCCUUCAUGCUGUACAUGAAGGAGAUGAGGGCCAAGGUGGUGGCUGAGUGCACUCUGAAGGAGAGCGCUGCCAUCAACCAGAUACUGGGUCGAAGGUGGCACUCACUUUCGAGAGAAGAGCAAGCGAAAUACUAUGAGCUGGCAAGGAAAGAGAGGCAACUCCACUCCCAACUCUACCCAGGCUGGUCAGCACGAGAUAACUAUGGAAAGCGGAAAAAGAGGAAGAGAGAUAAUAAGCCAGACUCAACACCAGAGGCAUAUGAGGUUCAGUGCUAAUAGUGACGUUGUGGCAGACUUCUCAAUCAGGAACAAGAAUCAGUGUGUGCAGUACCUACCCUCAGAGAAGAUGUGUGACAGCCCUGCCUCGUCUCACGGCAGCAUGCUGGAUUCUCCAGCCACACCCUCUGCAGCUCUGGCCUCCCCGGCUG